AUGACCGAUCCCUGGAUGAACAGCUUCCCCCGCACAACUUCCAGGGUCAUGGAUGAGAUGGACUCCAUCUUGGGAUUCAGCCUUUCUCGCAUUAUUUCCGAAGGACCGAACUCACAACUGCAUCAAACCGAGAAUGCGCAGCCUGCAGUAAUGGCUGUCUCUGUUCUCAUUCUUCGCAUUCUUGAAGAGAAUUUUGGAUUUAAUAUUCGUUCAAGAGUAGAUGUCACUCUUGGACACAGCCUGGGAGAGUUUGCAGCCUUGGUCGCCGCCGGUCAUCUGACUUUUGCCGAUGCUCUUCGUUUAGUGCGCAGUCGGGCCGAAGUGAUGGCCCAAUGUACGCAACAGUUGGUUGCGCGAUCCGGUGAAAGGUGCGGCAUGGUAGCGCUUAUAUGCCAGCCGGAACACCUGGAGUUACUACUAAAGACUAUUCAACAAUUCCUCGGUCUGGGGACUUCCCGUCUUGAAGAUAGUAGCACAUCUACGCCACCCAUACAGCAUGUGAUGGUGGCAAAUAUCAACUCUCCAAACCAAAUUGUCCUCAGUGGCAGUCUCGAAAAAAUACAAACACUGAUUAUACAACUCCGCCAGUUUGGAGGACAUGACCCUCGUGCGGUGAGGCUGAGAAGCGAUAGCCCAUUCCACAGUCCUGUGAUGGUUCCUGCAGCAGAAUAUAUGAGGGCUGCAAUGGAUCAUGUAGACAUCAAAUUCCCAGGCAUGUUGCCUUGCAUUUCCAACGUUUCUGCACGGCCAUUUCACUCCAAGGAGGAUCUAAAGAAUUUGUUGUCGCGGCAAUGCACUGAUACGGUAAGAUGGUGGGAUAGCAUCCGAUAUCUCCACCAACAACGAGGAGUGAGACGUUGGAUAGGUAUUGGUCCUGGUAAAGUGGGUCGUAAUCUCGUUGGAAAAGAAGUUGGAAGAGUUGACGUUAAGGGAGGCGGCGUUUGGGCUAUCUCUGAUCCAAGGGAAAUGGAGGAAGCCUUACUUGGGUUAGAUCACACUGAGCCGAAUGCUCCAGAAAGUCGGUUACAAUAUCUAUAG